AUGGUUAUCGUGGAUACUACACCGGCUGUUAAUGGCCAGCAUCGCCACAUUACACGCCGUGGGGGACCCAAUCAGCGGUACCGGGCCGGGCCAGGUGGUGGCCAGGUCGGAGGCCAAGUUGGAGGCCAAGGCCAAGGCUCAGACUUUUCUUCUCUCAGACCAGAGCUUAAAAAGAAGUUCGAGACCCUUACGGAGUUAUUCCCCGAAUGGACGGUCAAAGAUUUUGUGUCCAUUAAAGAUGAGAUUUCAAAUCAGGAUAUAUCCGAGAUUUCGGACGGUAUAUUGACAGGAUCCAUACAUAAGUGGGCUCCUGUUGUUAGGAAGGAGGAACGAAAGAGGGAACGUGCUGAGCGUGCAGCAGCGGCAGCGGCUACUGCUGCCAUUGCCGGUUCUCAUAUUACUGGUACUCAUACCAGUGCUUUUAUGAACAAUGAUCAGCGUCAUCGUUUCCAUCGGGGAGGCUUUAGUGCACCAAGGAAUCGUCACCGGGAGUAUACACAGGCAUCACCACCAACAUCAACUACUACUACAACCACGACGACAACAACAACACCAGCUUUGUCAACGGCUACUAAUGGUUCAUCUUCCAGAGUCACACGUACUACAGGUGGAACUAUUCCUCAUAGAGGAUCUUCAUGGGCUAGUGCAUUAUCUAAGCCAGAAGCCAAGGAGUUGAAGAAGGAAGAGGGAGAGGUAAAGAAGGAAGAGAAGAAGGUGGAGCUUGAAAAGGGUGUUGUCGAAGAAGCUAAAGACACUGUUACGGACUCGAAGGAAGCCAAAGAAACGUCCAGACAGCCCAAGAAAUACGUUAAACAGCAGAAUAAGGAAAUUCCACGUCCUUCAAAGGCUAAAGCAAUGACAUGGGCCGAUGCUCUUGCCCCCAAAAAGGUGACCAAGAAACCUGAAGCCGAAAAGAGGGUUGAAGAAGAAGUCAAGCAGGAACCGGAGGACAACAUCGAGGAAUCCGUCGAGGUGGCUGAAAUCACUUCGCCUGUCAACUCUAGGGUUAAAUCCGCCAAGCGUAAACAGCAACAGGUUGUUUUACCAAUUUCUGCAGAGAAACUGGGUGCUAUGGACGGAAUUUCAUUUGGUUCUAUGAGUCUUGAGGAUAAGGACGACAAGACUAGAGAAGCUGUUGCAUCAGCUCCAGUGACUCCAGUUACUCCGGCUGACCAAUCAGUUGUUCAACCGCUGACUCCUGCUGCUGCUCCAACAGCGGCAACUUCGCAGACAGUUACUUCAGCUGCCACCGUGAGUUCCGCGGCACCAACUCAGCAGUAUCUUCUCAACCAGCAACAGCAACAGUAUUUGCAACGUGCUCAGGCCGCCCAGGCCGCCCAGGUCGCCCAGGUCGCACAGGCAGCUCAGGCAGCACAACCAGCACAACCAGCACAACCAGCACAGCAGCCAAUUAGCACCGUGCCAACUGCCCAGCAGGCCGAGUUUGGUGUAGCUGCAUCUCCAGCGACAGCCUCUGCAUUACCUAAUGCUAGUUCUACAGGUAGCGUCAACCCAAUGAUGGGUCUACCUGCUUCAUACUACCCUUACUUCAACUACUAUAUGCCAUUCUACCAACAGCCAUCAGCAGCCCCCGCUAAUCAAUACUAUCUGAAUUACCAGAAUGCACAAUCGCAGCAGGCAUUUGGAAACGGGUUCCAGAAUAAGCUGUACGGCCAAUAUCAACAGCAGGCCCAACAGGCCCAACAGGCACAGCAGGCACAGCAGGCACAGCAAGCACAGCAAGCACAACAGGCACAGCAGACACAGUCCCCUCAGACUGCACAGACUGUUCCAAAUGGAGGAAAAUCUGCUUCUUCGUCAUCUCAGCAUGCCCACCAGUACCCUCAGCAGGCUCAGCAGGCUCAACAGGCCCAGCAGGCCCAGCAGAGUCAGCAACAGCAACAGCAACAACAGUAUCCUCAGCAGUACUCGCAAUACCAGCAAUAUCAACAGUAUCAACAGUACCAGCAGUACCAACAGCAGGCUCAGCAGGCUCAGCAGGCUCAGCAGGCCCAGCAGGUUCACGCUGAGCAGAUUGGUGACCAGCAAGGACAACCACGGGCUCAACAGGCAGAGCAGGCAGAGCAGGCUCAACGGGCCCAGCAGGCUCAACUAGUUCAACAAGCACAACAAGCACAACAAGCACAACAGGCACAACAGGCACAACAGGCACAACAGGCACAACAGGGACUUACAGGAGCCAAUAGAGUCAAUGGAGCCAACGGUGCCAACGGUGCCAAUAGUACUAAUGGAGCCAAUGGAGCCAAUGAAUAUCCUUACUACCAGAGUCAGUACCAACAGUACCCUGGAGUGAAUGAUUACUCGGCCAACAGAGGCUGGUUCUAA